AUGGUAGUGUUGGGGGGUGGGGGUUGUUGUGGGGAGGGGUUGUUGGGGGGGGUGUGGUUGGGUUGUGUGUUGGUGGGUGGGGGGUGUGGGAUGGAGUGGGGGGUGUUGUUGUUUGGUGUGUGGUUUUGUGGGGGGAUGGAAGAUGGUAUGUUAUGGUUGGAGGAUAUAUGUGUUGGGAUGUUUGGGUGGUGGGGGUGGGGGUGUUGGGAUAGAGAGGUGAAGAGGGGGGGGGGUGUUGUAGAAUAUUUGGGGGGUGGUAGGUUGAUGGUGGGUGGUUGGUUUGUUUGGUGUGUUGGGGUUUUGGUUUGGGUUGGUUGGGGGGGGUGUUAUGUGGUGGUGGGUGGGGUGGGUGGGGGUGGGUGUGGGGGGGUGGGGGUGGUGGUUGUGUUGGUGUUGGUGGGUGGUGGGUUGUGGUGGGUUGUGUGGGGGGUUGGGGGGGUGUUGUGUUUGGUGGGUUGGGGGUGUUGUAUUUGGUGUUGUUGUUUUGUGGGGUGGGGUGGGAUGUGGUGGGGGUUAGUGAUGGGGGGUGUGGGUGGGGGGGUGGAUAUUUUGGGGUGGGUGGGUGGUGGUGUGAUGGGGGGUGGGGGGGGGGGGGGGUGGGUGUGGGGUUGUAUGGGGGAAGGGUUGAGAGGGUGGGUGGGUUGUGGUGGGAUGGGGGGUGUGGGGGUUGGAUGGUUGUGGGUUGGGGGGUUAGGGAUGUUGGGGGAUGGGGUAGUUGGGUAUUAUAUGGGUGUUUGUGGUGAUGAGGAUUUGUUGGUUGGUGGUUUGGUGGUGGGUGGUGGGGGGUUUGAAGGGGGUGGGGGGGGGUGGGGGUUUGUGUGUGGUUUGGGGGGGGGGGGUUUUGUGAUGGGGGGUUGGAUUUGGAUAGUGGGGAAGUUUGGUGUAGGUUGGUGGGGGAUGGUUUUAGUGUUUUGGUUGGUGGGUUGUGUGGGUGGGGUUGGGGGGUGGGUUGGGUGGGGGGUGGGGGGGGGGGGUUGUGAUUAG